GUAUGGUGGCGUGGACUCGAAUGAAAUCAGGAAGGCAGUGAGUGCUCAUGUAUAGUAGCUAUGUUUGACUUUUGCCAACAUUCGAGUGGGGCGGGAGGGGGUUUGCAAAUGUGAGUCCCGCUUUUCCAAAUGGCUGGCCAAAGAGCUUUUUGGUAUUCUGUUUGGAUGCCCAAUUUGGAUAACUGGGGCCAAUAGCAGCAUUGUCUUCUUUGUUAACAGAGGAAUUGGCUGUGUGUGAAUUAUGCAUGGAAUUUUAGCGGUGGUAUAAUUAAUGUAAAAUGUGUGUUCUUGUCUAGAAAAUGUUACUCUUGGUUGUUUGCUGAAUUUGAAAGUUGUGUGAACCAAAGAUUCUGAAAAGUUGCCUCUGUGCCAGUAAAUUGUAAACUAAAUAUUAAAAACCUGAACGUUCAAAAUCUGCCUAGUUGGCUUAGAACAAUCAAAAGGAUGAGCUUAAUUUAUGGGAAGGAUGGAUUUAAGAGGAGCGCCAUAAGGAAUUGCUUGAGUUACAGAGGAAAGCAGAUCUAAAGCUUGUGUGAUUUCUUGGAGAACCUGAAUUUAGGUCUGCUUAUUAUAACUUCAAUUCUAGUGCAAUGCUGGUAAUGUGUAGGCAAAGGCGAUAUUAAGGAGCCAAGCUUUAAUAAGGAAGGCCGGGCCAGGCACUGCUGUCAGCUUCCCCUUAGAAGGGUUAACUUUUAAAAACUUGGUUACAUAAAUCAUAUUUUCAAUUGUUACUGACCAUCAUUGAUAUUUACAUUUUCUUUUCUUUUCUUUUUUUUUUCCCCUCCUUCCUUGCUCUUCUGACUGGUCUGUGGCUUCUUCCAAAGGGAUGUGCCGUUGUUGAAUUCAAGAUGGAAGAGAGCAUGAAAAAAGCUGCUGAAGUUCUAAACAAGCAUAGUUUGAGUGGACGGCCACUGAAAGUAAAAGAAGAUCCUGAUGGUGAACAUGCCAGGAGAGCAAUGCAAAAGGUGAUGGCUACGACUGGUGGGAUGGGUAUGGGACCAGGUGGCCCAGGAAUGAUUAAUAUCCCACCCAGUAUCCUAAAUAAUCCUAACAUCCCAAAUGAGAUUAUCCAUGCAUUACAGGCUGGAAGACUUGGAAGCACAGUAUUUGUAGCAAAUCUGGAUUAUAAAGUUGGCUGGAAGAAACUGAAGGAAGUAUUUAGUAUGGCUGGUGUGGUGGUCCGAGCAGACAUUCUGGAGGAUAAAGAUGGGAAAAGUCGAGGAAUAGGCACUGUGACUUUUGAGCAGUCCAUUGAAGCUGUGCAAGCUAUAUCUAUGUUUAACGGUCAACUGCUGUUUGACAGACCGAUGCACGUCAAAAUGGAUGAGAGGGCCUUACCAAAGGGAGAUUUUUUCCCUCCUGAGCGUCCACAACAACUGCCCCAUGGACUUGGUGGUAUCGGCAUGGGGUUAGGACCAGGAGGGCAGCCUAUUGAUGCCAAUCAUUUGAAUAAAGGCAUUGGUAUGGGAAACAUAGGGCCUGCAGGAAUGGGAAUGGAAGGCAUAGGAUUUGGAAUAAAUAAAAUGGGAGCCAUGGAAGGCCCCUUUGGUGGUGGUAUGGAAAACAUGGGGCGAUUUGGAUCUGGGAUGAACAUGGGCAGGAUAAACGGUGGAGGCGGAGGCAGUGUUCCGGGGAUUGAGAGGAUGGGCCCCGGCAUCGACCGCAUCGGGGGUGCUGGCAUGGAGCGCAUGGGCGCAGGCCUGGGCCACGGCAUGGAUCGAGUGGGCUCUGAGAUCGAGCGCAUGGGCCUGGUCAUGGACCGCAUGGGCUCAGUGGAACGCAUGGGCUCCGGCAUCGAGCGCAUGGGCCCGCUGGGCCUCGACCACAUGGCCUCCAGCAUCGAGCGCAUGGGCCAGACCAUGGAGCGCAUUGGCUCUGGUGUGGAGCGCAUGGGCGCCGGCAUGGGCUUCGGCCUGGAGCGCAUGGCUGCGCCCAUUGACCGUGUGGGCCAGACCAUUGAGCGGAUGGGCUCUGGCGUGGAGCGCAUGGGCCCUGCCAUCGAGCGCAUGGGCCUGAGCAUGGAGCGCAUGGUGCCAGCAGGCAUGGGGGCCAGCCUGGAGCGGAUGGGCCCCGUGAUGGAUCGCAUGGCCAGCGGCCUGGAGCGCAUGGGCGCCAACAACCUCGAGCGCAUGGGCCUGGAGCGCAUGGGCGCCAACAGUCUCGAGCGCAUGGGCCUGGAGCGCAUGGGCGCCAACAGCCUGGAGCGCAUGGGCCCCGCCAUGGGCCCAGCCCUGGGCGCUGGCAUCGAGCGCAUGGGCCUGGCCAUGGGUGGCGGUGGAGGUGCCAGUUUUGACCGUGCCAUUGAGAUGGAACGUGGCAACUUUGGAGGAAGCUUCGCAGGUUCCUUUGGUGGAGCUGGAGGCCAUGCUCCUGGGGUGGCCAGGAAGGCCUGCCAGAUCUUUGUGAGAAAUCUCCCAUUUGAUUUUACAUGGAAGAUGCUAAAGGACAAGUUCAACGAAUGUGGCCACGUGCUGUACGCCGACAUCAAGAUGGAGAACGGGAAGUCCAAGGGGUGCGGUGUGGUUAAGUUUGAGUCGCCAGAGGUGGCGGAGCGAGCCUGCCGGAUGAUGAAUGGCAUGAAGCUGAGUGGCCGAGAGAUUGAUGUUCGAAUCGAUAGAAAUGCUUAAGCACUUGCCUUUUUUAAACAUCGAUACCAGACCUCUGAAUUUGUAUUUUUUCUUGUUAACCAUUUUAAUUUGUUGGCUGGAUGUAUAGAGAUGUUUAAAAAAUUCAGUUGCUUUUUGGGGUAAUUUGAAUUACUUUUUUAAUGACUGGGGUUCCAUUUGACUGUUUGCAUUGAGAUUGCAAUGUGCGCAAUUUUUUUUGUAGUUGUGGCAUCUUGUUGACAUCGAAUAAGACUUUGAUAAUAAAUACAAGUUCCUGAAAGUG